ACAGGCAGAGGAGGUUACAGGCAGGUCUCAAGUUCAAGAUUUUAGGUGUACAGUGCAGGUGGGUCGGUGCCACCCGUGGAGGUGACCGUCGCCACUCGUACGAAGUCCGCAGUCUCCGCGGCGUCCGCGCAGCUUCUGACCGUCCGCCCACCAUGGCCCUCAGCAGCGACACCAACUCCCUCCUCCUCGUCCUCUUCAUCUUCUCGCUCCUACUGUUCUGCGCCAUCGGCUGGUGCAUCCUCUCCUCGUGCAUGGGCAAGCCGGUCCUCGACUUCUUCUCGGAAGUAUGGCGCGCGGCGGUGUCGCCUGCGAGGGACGGGCGGGAGGGUUACCGGCCUAUGAGGAGGACGGGCAGGGCGGAUGGGGAGAUGUGGGAGAUGGAAUACAGGAGCAGACUUGGGUGAUCACUGCACUAUGAGUUGAAGGUCGGGCUGUAUAUGUUCCUCUAUCAGGUUCAGAGCAUUUAACUGUACGGUCCGUGGCUCGCUCACUAUUGCGGUACUCCUGUCAGAGAAGCUAGUGGGUGCGACGGUAUUUGGCGGCAUCUCAAGCUUUCUGCAGCCUACAUGAAUACGCGGGUAUCCGCC